AUGCUAGGGGAGGCCUCGUCGAAAAAGGAGAUCCCCGAGACGCCACACGCCCUGCUUAAGCGUCUUCAGCACUCGGCCUUGUUGGGUCAGCCUCUGUUGCCCCUCAUCCUGCACAACAACAAUAACAUUGACUUCCUGUGCGUAGGUCAUCAACGUGGCUCCACAAGGCGACAAGCGACCUUCUGGGAGAGCAGCCCAUCUGUUGCGUCUCCUUCGUCGAUAUUUGCAUCGAAAAGUCUUCAUACCGUGCAGCGAUUGGUUUUGAAGCAGUGGGCUCCUCGUGCAAUCAACGGGUCAGAUCUCCUCAAAGAAUGUCUCGCUAAUCGGUGUUUCCUCUCCACAGGCAUCGACCAAUUCGAUUCCCUUCUUUCUGGCGGAUGUCUGACUGGAGAGAUAACGGAAGUGUUCGGACCUUCAGCAGUCGGGAAGUCGCAGAUCUGCCAUUUCAUCGCGGCAGCGACUUCCUCUCAUCGCCUGAUGCAGGCAGAUGCCCUUACCACGGCUCUGGUUGAGUCCAAAGGCUCCACCGUCCUGUACUUGGACACGAAGGGCGACUUUUGCGCUUCGCGUAUACGUCAACUGGUUUGCUCACUACUGCGUCGCAGAUUUGGACUCGCCAAUACAAAUGCACUUGAGCGUUCAACCGAUCACUGCCUCUCACGCGUCUGGUGUCGACUUGUUCCCGGCGUUCAACAGCUCAUGGAUGCUCUCGUGGAGACUCGUCUGUGUGUCGCGACGGCAGCAUUGCUCGAGAAAACCGCCAAAACGGUUCGGUUGACCAACGAGGAGGCCACCUUCUACUCGAACCUGCGACUGGUGAUCGUGGACUGCAUCGCCUCUCCCUUCGUGCCCUUCACAUCCGCCUUCCCUAACGAGAGUAAGCUUUUCCGCAUUGAAAUGCCCACCUUCCAACUGCGGUCUGUUGCAACGGAGCUGAGGCGCAUCUCCGCGGACUUCCACAUCGCUGUACUCGUUACAAACAAUGUUCGCUAUGGCGUUGACGUCCCGAGGCCGUGCCUCGGUGAAUUUUGGUCCAGCGUCCCUCGCGUCUCGAUCUACAUGCACUCCGAUGAGCACAGAUCCCCAUCUAGAGCUUGCGUUGAGGUCAAAAGGGAUCUGCGUUACAACUGCGGUUUGGAAGCCCAGUCGAACUCGGCUUAUUGCGUUAUCGAUUUUAGGGACAGCUGGGAAGAUUUACAACAUUGA